AUGACAGAGUUGUCUAUCAAAGGCGUCAACAAGGCGCCCUCAGCAGGCACGACCGAGGAUACUUGCACGCUGGCGCCCGGCCAAACACAGCCGCGGCGGAAGCGAUUCGCCCCCCGAACGAGGACCGGGUGUCUAACAUGUCGCGUCCGCCGGAUCAAAUGCGACGAGGCCCGACCCGCCUGCCAGCGGUGCAUCCGCGCGUGGCGUCCCUGCGGAGGUUACCACCUGCCCCCGCCGCUCACCACGGCUGACGCCCAGCUGCAGCCGGCCCCCGUGGCGCCGGCCUCGGCCGCCGAGCUCGCCCUUUCACGGUACUACGCCGCCGAGAUUGGCGCCAUCGCCGUCGACGAGUUCAGCGGUCGUGGAGCGCGAGAGCUCCCGCCAAUACUCGGCGGCGGUGCGGCACAUCCUCCGGCUAACGACGACGUCGUGGGCCGCCGACGCUUGGUGCUCGCGAGCUACGCCGUCAGCGUCGGCGAGCGAGCCGUCUUCGCCAGCAUCGUCGCCGCCAGCCGGCGCCUCGUCCGCCAGUGGGUUUUCUGGGAGUGCUUGGACGUGCCGUCCGUCGCCGCCGCCGCCGCGCAGAUCCUCUACGUGUACGUCAAGGCCGAGCGCGUCGCCGAGGAGUUCCACCUCGAGGUCUCCUCCUCGCAGGCCGCCGCCCGCCCGCCGGGGCGCUGGCUCGACGCCCUCGCCGCCCUGCAGCGGCGCCCGCUGACCUCGACGCUGCGCGCGUGCCUCGAGCUGGACAUGGUGUGGAACAGCGUGCACGACGUGCUCGACGCGCUUCCUCCGAUGCCGACCGCCGGCGACGCGGCCGCCGCGCACGCUGCACGGCAGCCGUUCGCGCCGCUCUUCGCGGCCUGGGAGGCACGCUACGACGCCUACGUGACGCGGCUGCGCGGGGUCCGCCGCGGUGCCGAGGUGGACAUCGCCGCGCUGGAUCUCCGACGCGCGCUGGUGAGCAUCCUACUGCGCGUCCCGGUCGGGAGCCCCAGCGAGACGUGCUGGGACCCGUUCGCGCGCGACUUCGCUGCGGCCGUGGCGGGUCUCGAGGCGGCGCUACCGGCGGCCACGGCGGCCGCGGCGGCCACGGGCUUGGUGCUCUCGACACCGUCCAUCUACGCGAGCUGCAACUUCGAAGUGUCGCGCGCCCGGUCUUCGGCGGCGGGCGGCGGCGGUGCUGCGCAGCCCGCUCGUCGCCGCGCUCGGUCGCAAGAUUUCGGCCGGUGA